CCAUACUACGUCGUCAAAGUGCCGAAAUAUUCAUUUUUUUAUUUUCCUUAUAUGCGUGUUCGGACCCUCAUGUUUUAGGUUUAGUUCACCCGUUUCGCCGCUAGAUAGACGCCAAUUUUUUAGUCCAUAAAGGAAGAAGUUGCGAAAUCAAGUAUAAAAGCUUCGCUCGCUCAAUAAUACAUGUAUUAAAAGAUUGUAAUAUCGAAAAAUGUUAAAUAAAAUUAUUUGCGUUUCGCUCAAUGUUUUAGUUAUUUUAGAGACGAGUACUCCUCAAAACAUAUCACUAAUAAGAGAUAUAGAAUUAGUGAACUUGUCAGAAGAGCUAUUUAAUAAGUCUUCUUAUGAAUUGUUCAAACACCUGACUAUUAAAUACCAAGGGCAGACAAAUUCAAAAAAUUUUACUGAUGUUGCUCCUGAAAGGUUGUUAUACAUAUCACCUAGAAUUCCUUGGACAGUAACAACAAAAUCUUUUAUGAAGUUACUUGAUAAUUAUGAAUUAGAUACUUACAAGCCAGAAAUUAUAACAAAAGAAAAAGAGCUAGAAGAAAAUGAAUUCAUUAGUAAUUUAAUAAAAGCAGACGUAAUAUUACAUGUUAUGAAUUUUUUAUCACUCAAAGGCUUUUUUAAAAAUGAUUUAGAAACUUAUAAGAAUACAUUGAAAGAAAUUUGGUUUCAUUUAUAUUCACGAAGUAAGGGAAUAAAUGGUAGUUCUGGUUUUGAACAUGUAUUUAUAGGAGAAAGAAAACCGCGUAAAGGUAUUACAGGACUUCAUAACUGGAUUUCUUUUUCCUCUGGCGAAUCGUUAAACGCGAUCAAUUAUUUUGGGUUUUCUCGUAAUAUGGAAUUCGUUGAUCAAAUGGCUAUUUUAGAAACAUAUUUUACUUAUAAUAAGAAACGUAAAAUGUCGACUAUAUUCAUUGGUACAACACCAGAAUUAGAAAUAGCAUUGUAUACGCUUUGUUUUUUUACGAGACCAAAUAAAAGAUGUAAUGUUUCCUUUACUAAAGAAAAAUUUAGUAUUCAAACAUAUGUAUUGCAAAAUAACGAGACGAGAUCCGUUGCAAGUGCCUUUCCUGUCAUAGGAAAAAGAUAAACAUUAAUUGUUGCAGU